CUGGAGCAUUGACCUGGUCAGUUGAAGGGAUUAUUGAAGAGUUUCAGUUUUUGUGUUGUUGAAAUAAAACAAAACAGCUUCACUGUGAGUAAAUAUUAAGACAAACCCUCAAAACAGUAAUGGUCUCAGGUGGAACCUGCUUUUUUUUUCACUUCCACUUUUACAUAAGUUUUACUUUGCAAAGCACAACCCAUCAAGAGGACAGCUAUUUUUCUUUGAAGUGACAGCAGCUGCUAAAACCAUGCAAAAUAAGCUUACCAAUGGCAUCACUAUGCCUCACUAAUUUAUCAGAAACAGACUUUGCCAUAAAACAAGUUGAAUCGUCCUUUUCACACCAGGGCCCCAUGCUUUUCAUGGAUUACAGCGGUUCACUCUGAACACGUGACAGGCAUGUAAGGGAGGUGGCACACCUGCAUGAUUCCAUGGAAAUAGAAAAUUUAAACCACCUCCACAGGAGGCAUCCAGAAAAGAUCCCCUAGCCUCAGCUGGCUUGGGGAUCCAUUUUGAGUGCCCAACUACCCUGCAGAGAAAACUAAUUUCAACUGCCUGUAUCCAUGAUCAUGUUCUUUCGGUUAUUACCCAAAGCUCAUGGCCAUAGGUGCGGGUACAAACGAAGACUGACCAAUAAAUCAAGAGCUUUGCCUUUCGACUCAGCUCCUUCUUUGCUUCAACAGGCCACCUGCCAAUCUCAUGCUCCAUUCUUUCCUCACUUGUGUCAUAUUAGAAUUGCAGUAGGAAUAAGAGGCUCAAUUGGUAUAGUAAAUGGUAAAACAGAGGCAACACACCCACAAAUAUGCAUAUGCUAUUUUUUAGUUUGCACUCUUAAUUUAGUACCUGGCUUAGUAAAUGUGCCCCUUAGAGCAUUAGAAUUUUCCACUCCUUCAUGCAAAUAUGCUGUGCUCAGGUGCAGGCCUACUGGGCGUUCCCUACAGAAGCCCUUCCUCUUCUGCACUCAGGUAACAUACUCAGUUGACAUUUUGUUAUUUGCCAUGGCUGCAGGCAUUUCUCUUCAAGUGGUUGAAAUUGUAAACUAAUGACCAAGGGAUCAGUGCAUCUGGAGCAAAUAAUGGCCAGAGAAAUGGAAGGAACUGUUUCUGAGCCUCUUUCAAAUGACAGGACUGACCUGUAUGGAUUCGAGAGACCUCAUGAUUUUGAAAGCUACAAAGACAUGAUGGAUACAUAUGCCACAGUCCUCAGUAGAAGGUCACAAAGAUGGUCCCAACUGCUUCAGGAGAAACCAGAUGUUGAGAAGAACAUGACAGUAAAGAGAUUUGUGCGGAAAGGUGUGCCCAAUGAGCAUCGUGCCAGAAUCUGGAUGGCAGCAAGUGGUGCCCGGGAAAAGCAAGAGAGUAACAAUGGGUAUUACCAGUCACUACUGGCAGCUGAGCAUGACACUAAACUUGAAGAGACUAUUUACACAGACAUGCAUCGAACGUUCCCUGACAACAUCCUAUUUCAAACCAAAGCGGAGUCAUGCUUGCAAAAAGCUUUGUACAAUGUCCUGGUGGCAUACGGACACCACAAUAAAAUUGUAGGAUACUGUCAGGGAAUGAAUUUUAUUGCUGGAUAUCUCAUUUUAAUCACCAAAGAUGAAGAGAAAUCCUUUUGGCUCUUGGAUGCUCUGUUGGACAGAAUACUCCCUGACUACUACAGCCUUGAUAUGCUGGGUCUGAAAACUGACCAGGAAGUUCUAGGUGAACUUGUGAAGGCUAAAGCUCCAGCUGUGGGUCAGCUUAUGGACCAGUAUCCUGGUAUAUGGACGCUGGUGGUCUCUCGUUGGUUCAUUUGCCUGUACAUUGACAUUCUUCCCAUAGAGACUGUGUUGCGUAUUUGGGACUGUCUCUUUUAUGAAGGCUCCAAGGUGCUUUUCCGGGUUGCUCUGACUCUGAUAAUUCACCAUCAGUCAGAAAUCUUGAGAGCUCGCUCUCUGCCUGAUGUGUGCGAGUGUUUUAAACAAAUGACCCAGGGAGUAUUCACUCUAGACUGCCACACCUUCAUGCAGAAAAUAUUUACUGAACCUGGAAGCCUAUCCAAAGCAACUAUUGAGAAACUACGAGAAAAAUGCAGAAAACAAAUUACUGGAGAAGAAUCUCACCUGCCAUAAGGAUUUUUUACAUUGUAUUUUGCGACGGGUAUUUUGUACAGGUUUACUUUAACAAUUAAAUAGAGUUUGACGGAAAAAAUACUCUUAAAAUAAAUUCUGAAAUCCACA